CAGAGAAAGGGAGAGGUAGAAGGACAGAAGAUUUUCCGCAGAAGUUCUCGCUGGCCAGCUGGCUGUUUUGCAAAACAAACAGUUGCAGUCCGUAUGGCAGAUUUAUCUCUUAUUUGCCCCCCACCCUCCCCACUCCCCAGCCGUCAGAGGAAACCACCCUGCAUGUAGUUUGAAAUUUCUUCUCGGCUGAUUUUUGACAGCCUCUCACAAAGGUGCUUAUUAGCCCCACCGAGCCAGAUGACUUUGAACCCGCGUGGAUAAACACACCUUGCACAGGAAGUGAGCCGCUGCGUGCCGUGUACAAGUUUUCCUGUCGACCGUGCAGAAUGCUGGACGCUGCAGUGAGCUGAGGUUAUAAAGGGAAUGCCCAGAACACAAGAGAAGCAAGCUCUCUCCAGGACAGGUACUCUCUGACGGAGGCCCAGCUCUGAGGUGGAGGAGGCUGUAAAGAGGCCCCCAGGGAGCCUCCCACCCUCCCUACCUGACCAGCGAUACACAUCGGACAACCAUGGCUCCCAGGAAGCGUGGGGGAGGCAGCGGCCGCGGUGGUCUCUCCUUCAUGUUCUGCUGUUUUAACAGCAACGAUCACCCCGAGAUCACCUACAGGCUGCGGGAGGACUUCGCCCUGCAGAGCAUGGAGCCAUCGCUGCCGAUGCCAGGGUACGAUGAGUUGGACAACAUGUUCUCUGAGCUGGUGGAUGAGCUUGACCUUACAGAGAAACACAGAGAAGCCAUGUUUGCUCUGCCUGCAGAGAAGAAAUGGCAAAUCUACUGCAGCAAGAAAAAGGAACAAGAGGAAAACAAAAGUGCAACUAGUUGGCCAGAAUAUUACAUCGAUCAGCUCAAUUUGAUGGCAGCUAGGAAGAGUCUUCUCGCUCUGGAGAAAGAAGACGAGGAGGAGAGAAACAAAACUAUAGAGAGCUUGAAGACGGCCCUGAGGACUCAGCCAAUGAGGUUUGUAACUCGCUUUAUAGACCUGGAUGGCCUGACAUGUAUCCUGAACUUCCUGAAGAGUAUGGACUACGACACCACAGAGUCCCAGAUCCACACGUCUCUGAUCGGCUGCAUCAAAGCGCUGAUGAACAACUCGCAGGGCCGCGCCCACGUCCUGGCUCACUCAGAGAGCAUCAACACCAUCGCUCAGAGCCUGGCAACAGAGAACAUUAAGACUAAGGUGGCGGUGUUAGAAAUAAUGGGUGCUGUGUGUCUGGUGCCUGGCGGGCACAAAAAGGUCCUGCAGGCCAUGCUGCACUAUCAGCGUUUCGCCUGUGAGAGAACACGUUUCCAGACACUAAUAAACGAUCUGGACCGGAGUACGGGACGAUACAGAGAUGAGGUCAGCCUGAAAACAGCCAUCAUGUCUUUUAUUAAUGCUGUGCUGAGUCAAGGAGCCGGAGAGACUAGUCUGGAGUUCCGUAUCCACCUCCGGUAUGAGUUCCUCAUGCUGGGGAUCCAACCUGUGAUCGAUAAGCUACGUUCACAUGAAAACUCUACGUUAGACAGGCAUUUAGACUACUUUGAGAUGCUGCGGAACGAGGAUGAGCUGGCUUUGUCCAAACGAUAUGAGUCGGUACACAUAGACACCAAAAGUGCCACACAGGUCUUCGACCUCAUUCGCAAGAAGAUGAACCACACCGACGCAUACCCGCACUUUAUGUCUGUGCUGCAUCACUGUCUGCUCAUGCCACACAAGAGAAGUGGCAACACGGUACAGUACUGGCUGCUGCUGGACCGCAUCGUCCAGCAGAUGGUCCUGCAGAACGAUAAAGGUCACGACCCGGACGCCGCACCGCUGGAGAACUUCAACGUGAAGAAUGUCGUCAGGAUGCUGGUCAACGAAAACGAGGUCAAACAGUGGAAAGAACAGGCAGAGAAAAUGAGGAAAGAGCACCAUGAACUUCAGCAGAAGUUUGAGAAGAAGGAGCGUGAAUGUGACGCCAAGACGCAGGAGAAAGAGGAUAUGAUGCAGACCCUCAACAAGAUGAAAGAGAAGCUGGAAAAGGAAACAAACGAGCACAAAAACGUCAAGCAGCAAGUGGCUGAACUCACGGCGCGACUGCAUGAACUCAGCACCCGGCAGGCAGCAGCUGUUGUUCCCGGCGGUCCUCCCCUCGCCCCCGGCCCCCCCGGCGGCCCGAUCUCGCUUCCACCCGUGCCGGGAUUUGGAGGCACGAGCCCUCCGCCUCCUCCCGGCGGUACGAUGCCCCCUCCGCCUCCCCCGCCCCCGCCGCCAGGCGGCCCCCCACCUCCUCUGGGACGCCCACCUGUCGGAGGCAUCCCUCCACCGCCGGGGGCUCCUCUGGGACCAUCUCUGAAAAAGAAGAACAUUCCUCAGCCAUCCAACGCACUCAAGUCCUUCAACUGGUCCAAGUUAGCUGAAAACAAACUCGAGGGCACCGUUUGGAUGGAUGUGGACGAUACCAGAGUUUUUAAAGUCCUGGACCUGGUGGACAUUGAAAGGACUUUCUCAGCUUAUCAGAGACAGCAGGACUUCUUAAUGAUCAGUAACAGCAAACAGAAAGAGGCAGAAGACGACACAUUAAACUCCAGAAAAGUCAAGGAGCUGUCGGUCAUCGACGGUCGUCGAGCUCAAAACUGCAACAUCCUCCUGUCUCGAUUGAAGCUUUCCAAUGAGGAGAUGAAGCGAGCCAUUCUAACAAUGGACGAGCAUGAGGACCUUCCUAAAGACAUGCUGGAGCAGCUGCUGAAGUUCGUUCCAGAGAAGAGCGACGUGGAUCUCCUGGAGGAGCACAAACACGAGCUGGACCGAAUGGCCAAACCCGACCGCUUCCUUUACGAGAUGAGCAGAAUAAACCACUAUCAGCAAAGACUUCAGUCUUUAUACUUCAAAAAGAAGUUUGCAGAGAGAAUAGCUGAGAUCAAACCUAAAAUUGAAGCUUUGACCAAGGCAUCCAAGGAGAUGUUACACAGCAGAAACCUGAAGCAGCUGUUGGAGGUGGUGCUGGCGUUUGGAAACUACAUGAACAAAGGUCAGAGGGGCAACGCUUAUGGCUUCAAGGUGUCUUCACUCAACAAGAUCGCCGACACCAAAUCCAGUAUCGACAAAAACAUCACUCUGCUGCAUUACCUGAUCACCAUCCUGGAGAAGAAAUAUCCCAAAGUCCUGACGUUCCAGAACGACCUGCAGAGCAUCUCCGAGGCGGCUAAAGUCAACAUGACAGAGCUGGAAAAAGAUAUUGGAAACCUGCGCAGUGGUUUAAAAAGUGUUGAGAGUGAGUUGGAAUACCAGAGGAAACGGCCACAGGAGCUCGGUGACAAGUUUGUGUCCGUGGUGAGCCAGUUCAUCACCGUGGCCAGCUUCAGCUUCUCCGAUGUGGAGGACUCUCUGACGGAAGCCAAAGAACUGUUCCUGAGGGCGGUGAAGCACUUCGGGGAGGACGCCGGCAAGAUGCAGCCGGAUGAGUUUUUUGGCAUCUUCGACCAGUUCCUGCAGGCGUUCUCAGAGGCACAGCAGGAAAACGAGAACAUCAGAAAACGCAAGGAAGAGGAGGAGAGAAGGGCCAAACUGGAAGCUCAGCUGAAAGAACAGAGGGAGAGGGAGCGGAAAGCCCGGAAAGCAAAAGCGAACGGCGAGGACGAUGGCGGCGAGUUUGAUGACCUCGUGUCCGCGCUGCGAUCAGGCGAAGUCUUCGACAAGGACUUGUCCAAGAUGAAGCGUAACCGCAAGCGGAUCAACAGCCAGAACACGGACUCGGGCCGGGAGCGACCGGUCACCAAACUCAACUUCUAGCUGUCAUCCUUCCAUCCCAACCGACCGCUGCUUUCCUCUCUGCAGCAGUUUGUCUGCGGGUCGAACCGACCUUCACAUUCCUCAUCCUUCACCACCCGGCUCGGCUCGACCAGACCAUGACCUCACCGCAGAGCCACGAAUGCUUUUAGCCUCUCUGUCCUCGUAGUUGUCGAUAUGAGACGGAGCAGAAGCCACGAGUUGAUAAGAGUUUGACCAAAUCCCCCGAGUUUGUUCAGACGAGGCGGCCAUGCUGGAAUAAGAGCUUCCCUCCAGGCGUGGGAUUCGCUCAUGAUUGUUAAAACACUUUUUGUACGUCAGAAUCUAUGCAGCUUCUAGACUCCUUCAGAGCUGGAUGCUUGAUCCUUUUAGGACCAUUUCUAAAAGAAACGAGGGGCCAUUUUCUACAGACUGGUUUCACAGAAUGACAGGGACCCAGAAAGACUUACCUCUGCUGCGGCCAGAAACAUCCCAGAACCGAAACUCUGAGAUGUUCCAUUUAAACUACAAGUAUCAGACUUUUUUUGUUUGUUCAGUUCUUUAUUGACAAGCAGCAUUUAUUAUAAAUAUCUCUGUUUCAUUUGAACAUUUUGUUUUCUGUUGAGAGCUGGCCUUGACUGUGUUGAUUUUUAAUUGUUGGGUGGGCACUCUGACAGGCCUGGGUCUAACCCUGCAGCCUCUGUGUGAACACUCGUGUCCUAACUGACAUAUAUCCAAAUAGAAGUGUGUGUGCUUCACAUGCAUCACAUAGAAACGUAUAAUUCUGACAGAUCAGCUCUUCCAAUACAACGCAUCACCCAUCCCUGAAGAGAGUGCCCUCCUUUGUGUUCAUCUGAACAGAUUCAAUGUUUUCUGCUCACUGACUGGAUUCACACAGCAUUAAGAAAAAAAUCUCAUCUGUAGAAGUUUAGAUUUGUCUCCUCAGCUGUGUGAAUCCAACCAGUCGCACACCUCCACUGAACUUUUAUAAUUUAAAUACUGCCUUCCAUUGUACAAUUAUCUGAUAAUAGUAUAAUAAUAAAUGGGGGAAAUCAG